AUGAAGGUCGAGCAUAUCUCGUUCAAUUCCACAAAACCAGGUCCUCUCGAGGGUACCAUCAACAAUGCCACACCCUCUAUCUCCUGGAAGUUUUUCGGGUCAGAGCAGUCCUGGCAACAGGCAGCGUACCAGAUCAAAGUACGUUUAGGUAACGACCUUCAAUGGAAAGAAUUUCCAGUGGUUAGUUCAAACAAGAACCUCUUUGUUGAGUGGCCAGGCGAACCGUUGAAGUCUAGAGCAUCUUUCGAUCUCAGUGUCAGAGUCCAAGGUGACGAUGGAAAUUUUUCAGAAUGGAGUGAGCCUGUUCAUGGCCAAGUUGGUUUGUUGUCAGAUCAGGAGCAAUGGCCGGCUAGGUUUAUAGCCAUGGAGAAUCAGCCUCGGGAGGACGGAGAAACCGCCCCGGAGACGUUGUUCCGUAAAUGCUUCCCACUUUCAAAGAAGGUCAAGUCAGCUAAGGUUUUCAGCACAGCUUUGGGGAUUUAUAACCUUGAGCUCAACGGGACUAAGGUAGCCGAGGAUUUUCUCAACCCAGGGUGGACGACCUACGAGAAACGCUUGUUGCAUCAGUGUUACGACGUGACCCAUUUGGUCAAGUCAGGCUCUAAUGUCAUUGGCGCCAGAGUCGGCGCAGGAUGGUACCUGGGCAAGUUUGGUUUCGACGGAGGACUUGUGAAUAUCUAUGGUGACAAAAGAGCCAUCAGUUUGUUCAUUGAGACCACCUACGAAGACAAUUCUACGGAAUUGGUUUGCUCAGACGACUCUUGGAGUGCUUCUUACGGGCCUAUCGUGGCAGCAGGUUUGUACGAUGGAGAAACGUACGAUGCCACUAGAGAAAUUCAAGGCUGGUCUUCUGAUGCACUUGUUGGUAAAGAUUGGGCCCGUGUGGAAGUAAUUGAUUUUGAUAUUUCCAGGAUCGAGCCCCAAUCGUAUCCUCAUGUUACAGUUCAAAGGACAAUCACAGCUAGGCUUCUUCCACCCACUCCUAAAGGAAAGACCGUGCUUGAUUUUGGAGAAAACAUUGUUGGAGUGCCCCGCUUCACCAAUAUCAAGGCCAGAAGAGGAUAUAAAGUGACCUUGAGAUUUGCAGAAGUCAUGGAGCACGGUGAAUUGGGAACCAGACCUUUGAGAAGCGCUAAAUGUACUGAUGAAUACACUUUUAAAGGUGACGCUAAUGGAGAGCUGUACCAGCCACGUUUCACUUUCCAUGGCUUUAGAUACUGCGAGGUGGAUGACCCUGAGAAUGUUCUUGACUUGGCGAAACUCGAAGCAGUGGUGAUUUCAACCAAUGCCAGGCAGAUCGGUCAUUUUGAGUGUGAUAACGCUUUGUUAAACCAAUUACACAGCAACGUCAUUAGAAGCACCAGAGGAAACUUCAUCACCCUUCCUACCGACUGUCCUCAGCGUGAUGAGAGAAUGGGGUGGACUGGAGACAUUGCUGUGUUUGGAAAAACUGCUGCUUUCUUGUUAGACUGUUCCUCGAUGUUGGACAACUUUUUGAAGGAUUUGUGGAGUGAGCAGCGAAUGAGAACCUCGGGACCUUGGCCCCAUGCGCCUGCUGUGGUUGUUCCGGACGUUGUAAAGCACUUGAAGCACUUUUGGGAUAACCAGAUUAGUGCCAUAUGGCAAGACUGUGCAGUUAUUUUGCCUUUUUCGUUGUUCAGAGCUACUGAAAACAUUAAUUUGUUGAAGCAGCAGUAUGAGAGCAUGGAGACAUGGAUUGAGUGUCUUCCCAAAUUGGAGCAUCAGAUGUUGUGGGACAGAACUAAUGUUUUCUUGCAAUUGGGAGACUGGUUAGAUCCCGCUGCCCCUCCUGACAGACCUGCAAACGGAAAAACUGACAAGUACCUCGUUGCUAAUGCGUUUUUCUACCACGUCUUGACCAGUAUGGUAACCAUCAGCGAGCUAGUGUACCCAGAGAAUGUUUCUAACUUGGGCCUAUAUAAUAGCAAGAAACAAGUCGAAUUUGCCGGUAACCGUCUUUCAGAACUUGUGAAAAAGGCCAACUAUACCAUUGGUACUGGUUUUGCUGGAACACCACACAUUUUACCAGCCUUGUUUGCUACGGGACACUAUGAAGAAGCCUUCUCGAUGCUUCUCGCCAAAGAGUGCCCAUCGUGGCUUUAUCCAGUGACCAUGGGCGCCACAACGAUCUGGGAAAGAUGGAAUUCGAUGAUGCCUGAUGGAACCAUCAACCCUGGGGAAAUGACCUCCUUCAACCAUUAUGCUUUGGGUGCUGUGGCCAGUACAAUGCACGAAAUCAUUGGUGGUGUUUCCAUUCUUGAGCCAGGGUAUAAAAGAUUCAAGAUCUGCCCACACCCUGGCGGAAACUUGAAGAGAUGUCAUGUUGAACACGAGUCUCCAUAUGGGGUUGUUUCCUCGCGGUGGAAGAUUUGUGGUGACGAGUUUAUAUUGGACGUGACGAUUCCACCUAACACCAAGGCAGUCAUUGAGUUGCCCAAUGGGCACUCCGAGGAGCAUGGAUCCGGAAAGUACACUUUUACUUGCAAAUUCUGA